GACUGCCAACCAUCGGAAAGAGGCAUUACGAUCAGCACAGCGUGCACAGGUUAUUCAGUGUUUCUGAGCGUAGCGUACCAUUGCUGGUACGUGCUUCCACCACGCAGGGACGCUGGUUCUGCGUAGAACACUCCUUUGAGCUCUCAUUCGCUGGAAGAGCUCGAACGAGCGUCGCAUCGCAGUCAACAUGGCGCCAACGUCCGAGCAGGCUUUUGCAGCCUGCGUGGACGGCAAUCUUGGUGCGCUGCAGGAUGCUUUAAAUGGGGACAAUGCAGUUCGUGUCAACGAGCAGAAUGCUGAAGGGAUGAGCUUGAUCAAGGCGGCUGUGCUGCACGAGCAAGUGCCAUUGGUCCAGGAGCUACUUGCUAGAGGCGCCGACUACUCUGAGGUCAUUGAGCUCGAACAGGCGCAGCAACACCCGCAGAUCUCAGCUAUGCUCCUCUCCCAUCACCAGCAUGUGACCAGGGCACCGGAAGGCGAACAAUCUGCUUUUGACCCACAUGGAGGCCAACCCAUGGCUGAUGGCUCAGUCAACUACAUGCAUGCAUCGUCGUAUUCGCAACAGGGCGGACCGAUAUACCCGGGGAUGCAGCCACAUUUCAUGUCCGACGGUUCUGGCCCCUACUUUUUCCCACCUGGCAACACGGCUGGGCCGCAAGGCCAGCCCUACUCCGGCAUGCCGAACGGCGCGGGUCCUUUCCCCUUCGCGCAACAAGCGCCGCCGCUAGAGCAACACGCGAACGACCCCACAUCCGCAAUGCACAAUCUGCCUCCGCCCGACGUCGCCAAGAAUAUUCCUUGCAAAUUUUUUCCGAAUUGCCGAUACGGAGAUCAGUGCGUCUUCCAGCACCCUGCAGGCGGCGUCUCUCCCGUUGCUCCUUCCAAUGGCCCCACUGCUUCUGGCCAGGCACCUACUCAGCACUUGUCCAGCCCAUCUUUGAAUGGCUCUGCCCCAGCUUCUAUGUCUCCCAAUGGCGCACCCUCUUCCAUGCAUUCUCCGACACCCGGCGUGAGCUCACCAGUUCCGAACGGAGCCCCGAUGUUCUUCCAGCCUCCACCAGGGUAUGGCUACGCUCCUCCUUUCGGAGGGCCUGCUCAGCCAUUCUAUGUUGGGCCGCCCAUGCACAUGCAGUACCCGCAUGGCUGGCCGAUGCCCAUGCAAUUUAUUCCUCCGCACCUUCAAGUGCCUCCUCAGCAAGAACAGCCACAGCAGCAGAGUUCGCAGCAGCCACAACCUGAGCGCUCGUCGUUCGAUGCACAGCAGACUGGCGCUGUUGCAACGCAGGAGCAGAGUCAGAGUUCCACACCUGAAGCGGCGGCAGAGCAAGAGCAAGGGCAGGUUUCAGGCGAGCAGGAGCAUUCGUUAGCCACCCAAGCGCCAGACUCGUCGGGGACGGCAGCCCCAUCUCCCAGCAAAGCAGAUGAGCAGGGAGAGGGCGCGACGCAGGCCUUUGGCUCUUACCUGCAAUCAACCGCUGUACCCUUCGAGCCUUCUUCAGCGUCUACUAUGGCAAUGAUGAACAUGGUCCAGCAACCUUUCAUGGGUCAAAAUGGGGGAGGCUUCUACACACGCGGGAAACCGAGUCGGCGAGGCGGUUCAGCAGGUACUGGUGCCUUCUCGGGUAAGCGCAGCAACGUCGAGCGGCCGCCGUGCGUCUUUUUCAUCCGGUCCAAGUGCAGGUAUGGCGAGGAGUGCUUGUUCCCACACGUGCUGCCAGAUGGCACAGAUGCACGAGGUCCAAAUGCACCGCACAGGAACAGGUCUGCAGAGGACGCGACCAAUGCCAAGACGGCGGCCAAGGCCGCCGCGAAGGCGAAGGCGGCGAGCAACGUGGCUUUGAGCACAUCUGACACGGCGCCUUUGACAAGCGCAGCUGCCAAGAACACCUGCCUUCCGACCAACGAAAACAAGGCCGAACUUCCGACAACGCUAGCAGCUGCGGAAGCAGCUGCAGUUUCGGAGAAAAAGGCUUCUAGCGGCGCUCCCGCUGUGGUGUCCUCAAGCUCGGCAGCGCAAGCACCAACUGCUUCGCAGCGUGGCUUCAACCACGGAACUUUCCCGCGUGGUGCAGGCCCCGCGCGGUCUGCAGGGCGCGGUGGGGCUACGGCCCAUGGCGGUGCCAGUCAUGCAGCCAAGAAGGCCGCUCAUCAGCAACGCGUGCCAAACGGUGAUGACUUCCCGGCUCUUCCUUUCUCGCCGGUCGUUUCCGCUCCCGACACACCGCCCCUGGGCUCCACGACGACCGUCGCUCAUGUCAACGGUGACGCGUCUGAAGCCUCCCCACCAGCUGCUGCUGCGCCUGCUUCGGCGGCACCGAAGUUCAACUUCUCGGCCAUUUUAUCCGCACCUGCGCCGGUAAAGUCUGUCAAGGUUCCCGAGACUUCCGAGAAGGCUGAGAAAGAUGCAAGCAACACCAAUAACGAGGUAGCCGCAGACGACAAGGCUGAGAAGGAGCAGGGCCAGACCGCUGCUCCACGAUCGGCCGCCGAGGUGCUGGCCAGUGCCACUGCUAAUGCCGCUCCGGCAGCAGCUGCAAAUUCGAUGAGCUCCCAGCCUGCAGCCAAAAGCACACCUCAUGUGAACGGCUCUGCUGAGACCAAGCCUACCGAGAAGGCCAAGCCGCAACCAAAUGCCCAUGGUAAGAAGCCCUCGACGUUGAAUGGUCACGCCGCUCGAACAUCACAAGCGCGUGCUCCCAACGGAGUCGCACACAACGGGCAUCACAAGCAACAGCAGCACUCCAAGGCAAUGGGAGCACCCCCUGCCCUAGAUGAUGACUUCACGCCCGUGAAGGGCAAACACGCAGCUAAGCGCAGCAGCGUCCUCCCCACGAAAGGCAUAAAUGUUGCCAACGCCGUACCACCUUCACAGGAGGACUCCAUGGCCUCUUCUGCAGCGCAACCAGACCUCGCGACGAACACCGCCAAAGCAGUCAUGGUUUGAGCUCUGUCCCAUUAUCCGCCCUGCCCCUCUUUGUGCAUUUCCGUUCCAACACUCAGCCCAGGCUGUUCGAUCCGAUUCACUUUUAAGACGUUCUCUAUCCGUCGGCAGCUUGCAAGAGUUUCCCUUUCUAUCACUCAUUUCGAAAAACACUCAGCAAAUCAGCAUGGAUCUCCCUCGGGCCCCCUGCCGAUCUUUUAGCGAUCGGCCGGCAUCAGCGACAUUGGUCGUGUACAUAUAGCACCAAAACAGACUUACUCUAAUCGGACAUCUUGAGAUGCGCGGGCCCUCCGGCCAUCGGAUCGGCUCGCCGGGCAACUGCUCGACACUGCAAGAGAGCGGGCACCGCGCACCUAGCUGUUCUGUUCAUCACCAUC